AUGAACCAAGUCAAUCGUAGAGAAACGGCUGAGAAGUGGGUGUCUGACAUGAUACGUGACGCGGAAGGGUAUCAUUUAUAUAAUGAAGGGGAUAGAGAGCUGCUGUUAAAAUACGGAAACAACACGGACAUCAAUCCCGGAAACGGAUUUAAGGAAGAACCCAAGCCAACGUACGAAACUACUGAAGGAACCCACAACGCGGUCCUCUCCAAUCGCACCACUAAGUUUACGGGGACAGCGGAUGCCAGACGCCUUUGGAGCGCUGCCCAUGAAAAGGAGCUCAAGCGUUGUCUUCUCGAAGAUAGGAAGUGUCCUAUGGAAUGGGAUGCUAACGACCCCCGGUUUGCACACAUGGUCAAGCUCAUGGAGAAAAAGGAGGCCCAUGACGAAUUUACCAGACAUCGCGCAUUUCACGAAAUGAAUGAAGGUUGGAUGUACCGAACCAUCACCAGCGAACGGAUAAAAGCCAGGAAGGCGAUGCCGAUGGGUUUCUGCCAUAUCACCGCAAAUGAGAACUCUCCAAACAACCACAAGCACGAAGACUAG